CACCAACACAGUAACAGCAUACAUUAACACUCUUACACUACAACAACACAAACAAACAAACCCACUGUUCUCUCUUUGGUUUUUGAUUUUCAAAUUGUGGUUAGUUAGGGUUCUUCUUCUUCUUGUAUGAGGUUGAAGCAUCACUAAACAGAUCUGUGAUGGCGAGCACCCACAUUGGGAAUGCCGGAGAACCCGACCCCAAGUCCUUCAAGCCUCGCCCCAAGAAACCCUCCGACGACUUCAUCACGCUCUUUCACGGCUCCGAUCCGGUCCGCGUCGAGCUCACGCGCCUCCAGAAUGAACUCCGAGAGAAAGAUAGGGAGCUUGGGGACGCACUUGCGGAAAUUAAGUCAUUGAGGAAUUCGGAGCGUCUUAAGGAAAAGGGGGUUGAAGAGCUGACAGAUGAGCUGAACAAGGUGGAUGAAAAGCUAAAAGCUGCUGAAGUUCUUCUGGAAAGUAAGAACCUUGAAAUAAAAAAAAUCAAUGAAGAGAAGAGGGCAGCAAUGGCUGCACAAUUUGCUGCAGAAGCUACUCUUCGAAGAGUUCAUGCUGCACAGAAAGAUGAUGAAAUGCCUCCUAUUGAAGCUAUUAUCACGCCCCUGGAGGCAGAGCUUAAGCUUGCUAAGAUGGAGGUGGCAAAGCUGCAGGAUGACAACAGAGCACUAGAUCGGCUAACCAAAUCAAAGGAGGCUGCGCUUCUUGAGGCUGAGAGAACGGUUCAGAUUGCUUUGGCAAAAGCAUCCUUGGUUGAUGAUCUGCAAAACAAAAACCAAGAGUUAAUGAAACAGAUUGAAAUAUGCCAGGAGGAGGGCAAAAUCUUGGACAAAAUGCUUCGCCAAAAGGUUGCUGAAGUUGAAAAACUAACCCAAACUGUUCGGGAGCUUGAAGAGGCAGUCUUGGCUGGUGGGGCUGCUGCUAAUGCUGUCCGUGAUUACCAGCGUAAAGUGCAAGAGAUGAAUGAGGAAAGGAAAAUUUUAGAGCGGGAAGUAGCUCGUGCCAAAGUUACUGCAAACAGGGUUGCGACUGUAGUUGCAAACGAGUGGAAAGAUGCUAAUGAUAAAGUGAUGCCUGUGAAGCAGUGGCUAGAAGAAAGAAAAUUUUUUCAGGGUGAAAUGCAACAAUUACGUGAUAAAUUGGCUAUAGCUGAGCGUACCGCAAAAGCAGAGGCACAAAUGAAGGAAAAAUAUCAAUUGCGCUUCAAAGUUUUGGAAGAAAGGGUUAAGACAUCUAAUGGUAAUUUCAAAUUCACUGUAUCAGAUGGAAGAAACAUUGCCACCGGGCCUUCACGGCGACAGUCUUUUGGUGGAGCUGAGAGUCUCUCUGCAUCUUCUUCCAAUGGAUACUUAUCGAGGAAAACCUCAAUUUCAAGAUCAGGUUCUCUAAGAUCUAAUAGUGCUAAUGUGUUACUAAAACAUGCCAAACUUUCAUCUAGAUCAUUUGAUGGUGGUAGUAGAAACCUGGAGAGAGAGAGGCGAACCUCUGAUGCAAAUGGGGUAGAUAACAUGCCAACAAACACCAAUAAUCAGACCGUCACCAGUGAGACUAUUACUGCACACAAGGAGAGUGCACAUGGUAUUCAAGUAAACAAAUCUAUAGCAGAAAAUGAAGACUGUGUUUCAGGAAUGUUGUAUGACAUGUUGCAAAAAGAGGUCAUAUCUCUUAGGAAAGCUUGUCAUGAAAAGGACCAGACUCUUAAAGACAAGGAUGAUGCAAUAGAGAUGUUGGCAAAAAAGGUUGAUACGUUGAACAAAGCUAUGGAAGUUGAGGCCAGAAAAAUGCGUAGGGAAGUUGCUUCUAUGGAGAAGGAGGUUGCCGCAAUGCGGAUAAGCAAGGAACAUGACCAUAGGGCACGCCGAGCUAGUGCUCCUAGGGGGAGUGUAAAUUCCCAUACAAUUUCUACCAGGAGUGCACGUAACUUUUAGCCAAAACCAUUGGCAGUGAGUCCCUGUGAUCCGUGCUGAACAGAGUUGCUGAUUUAUUAUUUUUUAUUCUCUUUCCCCUAUCUCCUGUAUUUAAGUUGUCUCGACCCCAGGGGUAAGGUGUAAAGAAAGAACCUUAUGUUUUUGUAGGGAAUCCAUGUCCUGUAAAUCUUUUUGUAUACCAUCUUCAGAAAGAAAACUUAGAAUUAGUUGCUCCACGUGAUUUGUGGAAGUAUCUGAAUAUAUAGCUUAAUCUGGAUUGAUUCUUCUACUCCAAA